CGCGACUCCAAGACCCUAAAAAACCUAUACGUUCGCUAUAAGUCCAUUAAGGGUUACGGUUCAACCGAGAUCGUUCAUAUGGAGAAGAGCAAAAACGGAAGCGCCAAGGGAAGUUCAUCAGCUUUAAAGCAAUCCUAAAUCCCAUCAACGUCGAAAGAAAACGAAACGUCAUCGAUAGAAUCCAGCGAGUCCGACGAAGUGGACGAAAAAUCGGUACAAGACACGCGGAUGUUAGAUGAGACCGAACAGCAUCAGAUUCAACCGUUGACCGUGGAAGACAUCAAUUUAGAACACACCUGCGACCCGGACAUUUUCAAAAUCGACAAUGUCUUCUCGGAUUUCUCGUUGAGGGACAUUGGACUAGAGACAAGAUUCAAGAAGAAGAUCAAGAAAUGGGCGACGAAGCAGAGGAGAGAGUUGUUGCAGAGCAGUUCAAGGGAGAACCAACAAAGUAACAUCCCCGUGGACAACCAGCCUGAUCAGCAUAUAGAGCAAACGACUGAGACGCGGAGGGAAGGACGAUUGAGAUCAAUAUGGAAACGCAUGACAACGGACAGGCGGGUGGACACGUCGGAGAAGUAGAAAGUCUCUUUCCCUAUGAAAGACCGUUUUACAGGCGAGAUUUGAAUCGGGACACAAGGUUACGCCAUUGUAGAUCGCUUCAGGGUUGACCACGGUCUCGCCUACGAGUCUCUAUGGUAGCUAAACGCCGCGGGGCGGACAACGCGACAGCCGCUUUUGUCUAAUAAUGUAACCAGAUCACCAACA